AUUUUUUAUAUAUUUUUUUUUUAGGUGAUUCAAUUUAUAAUUAAUUGUACAUGGUUGGUGCCAAAUAUGGUUUACGUGACAUGAAUUCUGUGUCACGAAUUCUUGCUCGUGUACGGCGCGUCGUAUCCUUUUUUCACCGGAGUACGACUGCUGCAGCUUUGCUUAAAGAGAAAACCAAACAGCAAGGAUUUAAAAAUGUUAAGUUACUUCAAGAUGUACCUACACGUUGGAAUUCUGCAUGUGAUAUGCUGGAGAGGUUUCUUGAACUGCAGCCCGCAAUCUAUGCCGCACUAGUGGCUAAAGAAAUCCGUAGCAAUGUGAAUGACAUAUCAACAUUAUCUGAGGCAGAUAUCACGAUAGCAGAGGACAUUGUGUCGUGCCUUCUUCCACUGAAAGCAAUUACUACUGUAUUGUGCACAGAGAAGAUGCCUACUGUAUCAAUCAUUCUUCCACUCCAGAGGAAAUUGUUGACAAGUGUCUUGGUGUCUACAGAGAUGGAUUCUGAUGUUAUUAAACAGAUGAAGAAGGCCAUGGCUUCUGAUUUGGAAAGCAGGUAUAGCAAUAAGCAGGAGUUUCUGCAAGAGUGUACUGCACUGGAUCCCCGCUUUAAAGUGUCAUGUGUGAAUGCAGAGCAGCAACAUGAGGUGUACCACCGACUUGCAGUUGAAGCAGCUAAUAUGAAACCACGACUUGUGUCUGUGAAGGUGGAACCAACCACAUCAACCACAACAGUUGCUGAUGACCUACCUGCAUUGCCAGUCAUGCUACCAGAUAUGGAAUCAGCUGAUGCACAGUCUGAUGUCAAACCAGUUGAUGUCACUACAACCUCGACAAAGAUCACAAGUGACCUCACUACUCAGUCUAGUUGUGCCAGUGGUGGUUUAGCCUCCAUUUUAGGUGAUGUUGUUUUCAUAAAGGAGGAGAUGUUACCCAAGAAAUCCAACUUGGAACAGGCAAUAUUCGAAAUUGAUGUCUUCAAAGGUCACGCGCUUAUACCGAUGUCAGAAGACCCAUUGGUAUGGUGGAUAUAACACCACUGGCAGUUUCCUCUUCUCUCACAGUUAGCCAGGAAACGGUUGUGUAUUCCAGCCACAUCAGUACCAUCAGAACGCGUGUUCAGUACAGCUGGGGACAUUGUCACAGCACAGAGGGCCGCACUCAAUCCUGAAGUUGUGGACAUGCUCAUAUUCUUGAAGAAAAAUAUGGCCUAAAACAUUUAACCUGACACCUGAAACUAAUAAAGAUCAUUAAAAAAUGCAUGCCUCCUUAUUUUAUUAAAAAAACAACCCAUAAAUAUUAAAUAUAAAUAAUAUCA